CAAAAAUCAGUUAUGUGUAAAAACUUUUUUUAUUGGAGCUUUUCAUUGCACGUUUUGAAAAUGUUUGUAAAUUGUUCAACCCCACCCUCCACUGGUGUGUCCCAUAUUUUGGGGCGUUGUGUAGGUAACAACCAUUCAGAAGCAUAAAUCUGCUGCCGGCUAAGACAGCUGACUAAAGAAUCACAUGGAAAAUUAUUACGAGCUUUAAAUAUCCUGUGAAAAUUCCCUAGCAAACGGCUCCAGCAGUCAGAAUUCCUGGCUCUCUCCUGGCUUAAUGAUGGCCAAAAUAGAAAGACCUUAGGAAAGUGUUUGGCGCUUGAGAUACGGAAGGCCUCUGCAGUGGAGGUGCUAGUGUUGAUGCUACUCACAGACUUACCAUCGCUGCAAAAAAACCUCAACUGGGAGUAAUGUUUAGAUGCCUCUUUUGUGCACAUGUGAAUAAGACCCGGUUUGUGUAAUCCAUCUGCUGCUUUCUGUCCCCCACCCCACCCCGCAAGCAGAUCAUGCCCACUUGUGCCAGCAUAAACUUUAUGCAUGAAUUAUAAGGUUCUUAUUAUAACAUUGUAAGUUUUCCAUGUGGUGAAGAAGCAUACAUGAACCUAAAGCUUGCUACCAUGCUUGUCACACCAGGCUGUUUGUGUGUGAACAUUCCUGCCUCCAGCAUUCUUUCCCUUUGAAGAAAGAUUCUUCUUCUUCUCCUUCUUCUUCUUCUUCUUCUUCUUCUUCUUCUUCUUCUUCUUCUUCUUCUUCUUCUUCUUCUUCUUCUUCUUCUUCUUCUUCUUCUUCUUCUUCUUCUUUCUCCUGGAUCAGAUAAAAUGAGCCAAGCUGCAGAUCAACUAAAAUCCCCCCUAUCAAAGUUCCCUGUGUGUUGGAACCUGUGGUCCUCUAGAUGUUGCAGGAUUACAGAAAACCAGUGUGGUAUAGUGGUUAAAGUCAUGAACGCGGUCAUGAACCUUACUGGGUGACCUUGAGCCAAUCACAGCCACUCAGCCUAACCUACCUCACAGGGCUGUUGUGGGGAUUAAAUGAGGAGUGGGAAACCAUGUACACCACCUUGAGCUCUUUGGAGAAAAAAGUGGGAUAUAAAUGCAAUAAGAAAGAAAGUAAAUAAGUAAAGUUCCCAUUGCUCUCGACCCAUUGGCUGUGCUAGCUGUGGCUGAUGGGAGCUGGAAUCCCAACAAAAUUUUGGAGGGCUGUAGGUCCUCCACCCCUGCCUUAAAUAUAUAUUCGGUACUCCCUUCCCUGUCGUCAUGACAAUGCACAAUGUUCUUUUUGUUUGCUUUUUUCGCAUCCCCUUGGACAGUUCAGUUGGAAUGCCACUGUCAUCUUCUUUCCACACCAUGGCCUAGAAAUCUAGCAAAUGAAAAGCUUGUGGUCUGUCUUAAUAAUUAUUUUUGCCUGUGUAAGAAGAGGUUUCUGUGCGGUAGUUCUAUGGGUCUACCUCCCUUGCCUAGCUUUGGCGGCUCCUGAUUGAGAGGAGUGCUGGAAUGGAAAUCCCACGGCACAGGGAGGACCAGGAACUAUGGAGUGUUACGGUUGGAUGUGGAGAGUUGGCCGGUUAAUUACCCUGCUGUGUGGCUAGAUUUUUUAAAAUUUCUGUGGAACACGCUUGAUACGUUAUUGUUCGCUCCUUGGGGCAGAGACUUGUCUUUAUUGUUGUUGUUACCCUUGCUUAUAUCAUUCUGUCAAUUGCCACGCACACGGAUGGCAUUGUGUAAACAAGCACAAGCACCAUAAUAAUAGGCUGAGGUUUAUAUAAAAAAUCAAGCUUGAGCUCCUCUGUUUCUUUGCUUCCUCCCCAAUUAGCAAGAGUUCUGUUAUUUCAUGCAUAAGCUAGAGUCGGCCAAAUCUGGCCGUGACCCUAAGUUUCCCAGUGCUCAGGAUGCAGGGAGCCAGGGGGGGUGUGGGGAGAAAGGAAAACCGCCCCCCCCAUCUCUCUCUUUCUGGCAAGUGGGUGAGCGCUUCAGCUCUGUCAAAUAAGUUCAGGAAGGAAGGAAGGAAAUUGUAUGUUCAUGCUGUGAUUUAGAAGAAAUGCAGAGGAUUUAAAAGAACAUAACACCAGCAAGAGGCAGCUACUACUAUCCCCCCGCCCUGGCGUGGACACUGAGAUGGAGUCAGCUGGAGUGGGCUGGGUCACAUAGGGGUGGGGUGGGGCAGAGAUGGCCUGAUACCUCAGAGCAGCUGCAGGGCUGUCUGUGCGGAAUGAACACGGGGAAGCUCUAUUCUCUUUCUGUCUGCCUAGCUGUCAAGUCACAACCUAGUCUCUCUGAUUUGCAUCCAUCUCAUUCCCACCAGGCAGAAUUUGCUGCCACUGCUGCCUCCUCCUCCUCUUCUCCCCAUGUAAUUAGUUUUCUCUGUACAGUCUCGGGGCUUUUUCCCUUUCUGCUUCUGCCAGUUGUAGGAAGAGGACUGUGGUAUUCUAAGGCCAGUUGCUGUUUUCUCUCUGAGUGUGUGUGCGCGCGGAGAUAUCUGGCGUGCCCGGACUUGGAAAUCCUCAAUGUUUUGCCCAUGAUACAUGAGACCAGAGACUUGAGAGAGAGAGCAACAUCUUGGAUAAGGAGGGGAAAACAAAAUACAAGCUAGCAGAUUUCCUACUGAAGUUGUAGAGAGCCGUCGAGAAGAACGUCCACGGUCCAAAGAGUGUGGAUGGAACCUAACCAGCCUGGCGCCAGGAGUUAAAAGAUCCAGUUUGAAAUCUCUCUCUAUUAACCUAUCCCGAGUUUCUUCCGAUCUGCCGGUUCUGUCACUUCAGCUUUGCUGCCUCUGUGCCAGGAAUUUCCUCAUCUGGGAGUGCAAUGGUAGAGGAAGGCACGAGCCGGGGGGAUCGGGCUCCCUGUGGUGGCGGGCCACGGGGACCCCCACGCCCUCCAGCCCCGCCGCACCAUGGCAUCUCAGUGGUGGGCAAAGCGGUGUGGAGCGUCGCACGAGCAGGGAAAGGCUGGCGCUUUGAGCGAGCUGUCGGCGUCGAUUGCAGCUUGCCCGAACCCCGUUGCAUCUGGUUGACGAGUUUGCGGAACGACAACACCGAAUGGUGGGAGAAGCGGUGGCGCCGUGCCGGGGCAGGGAUGGCUCGGCAGAAGUGCCGUGCACGACCCAGGAUAGACAGGAAUUUCACGCCGAAGCUGGGCCAGAGAGAUGGUACGCCCACAAACGCCAAUGCCCCCCCUGUGGAGUCCUUCCCCUGGGUGGGGCCGAAGACAGUGGUGCUGCACAAGAAUUUGCAGGGGGGUUACGGCUUCACCCUCCGGCACUUCAUCGUCUACCCCCCAGAAUCGGCAGUUCAUUCCAACGUGAAGGAGGAAGAAAAUGGAAACAGAACAGGUCCCUCCCGGAACCGUCUGGAACCCAUGGACACCAUCUUUGUGAAAAGCGUGAAGGAAGAUGGGCCAGCACACAAGGCUGGCCUCCGAACAGGAGACCGUCUUGUCAAAGUGAAUGGUGAAAGCAUCAUUGGGAAAACAUACUCACAGGUCAUCGGCCUCAUACAGAACUGUGAAGAUGCUUUGGAGCUCUCCAUCAUGCCCAAAGAUGAGGAUAUUCUACAGCUGGCAUAUUCUCAAGAUGCCUACUUAAAGGGCAAUGAACCAUACUCUGGAGGGGCCCAGAGCAUCCCUGAGCCACCCCCCAUCUGCUACCCUCGCAAAACAUACCCGUUCCAGUCAAAGGCCUCUCCUCGCGAUGUCCCAGCAGCUGAGACGUACCAGGGACAGCAGGUGGACAACAGACAACCCUACCAUUCGGGUUCUUCAGGCCCAUCUUCUCCUUUGAGCAGCACUGCAGUCCAGCGUAUCCCCCCCACCGCUUGGGCUGAGUCUUCACAGAACUUCAGUAGCAACCAUUCCAGCCCUGCCCACCGCACAGAGGAGGUCCAGUAUGGAAUGACCCAGAGGGUGCCUGUCACAAGGCCUCUCCCAGCAUCCGGCUCCUUUUCCCGCUACUCCAACAGCAGUUGCCCGGGUUCUAUAGCCUCCCCCUUGCCCGAGAGGUACUGUGCCCCCCCUGCUCCCUCUAUGCCCAACCACGCCUGCUACGGACCUCCCAAACAACUCCCCGACCACCGUUCUCAUGGCGGGUUGAAGGACGCUCCCCGCGAGGGCCGGCCCUCCCGGGACUGUGCUGGAACCGGCCCCAAAUCUGUCAGCCGCCUAGAAUGCCAACAGGCCUUGUCCAACUGGAUCUCGAGCCAAGUGCCGCGGCGAAGCUCUUCGGAGGAGCGCCGCUGUGCCAUGCCGCCUCGCUACCGGAGCGUCUCGCAAGACCGCCUGGGGGACGCCCCGGCCUCCCGGGGCUGGCCUCACAGCGCUUCCCAAGACACUUUAAUCCAGUCCUCUGCACACGACAGCUGGAGUUACCGAGCUCGAUCGGAUAACUACCUGGUGAAAUACGGGCAGUCCUUGGAAGCUCUCGAACAAGGUGCUUUGAUUUCUCCUAGAUAUGAGAGGUGUAUGUGGUCACCGGACAGGUUUUACCGGCACGGGCAAGUUAAUCGAGCCCAGCCUAGCCACCCAGGUUCCUUUAUCCCUUCUGCCUCUUCCAGGGAUCCGCCUCCUGCACAUGUGCAGAAACACCCUUCCCAACCCAACCUCCAGAGCAUCAAUGACUCUGGGUAUAUUGGUUACCGUAGCUACAGCCCUUCGUUCCAGCGCAGGACUGGCUUGCUCCAUGCCCUGUCGUUCCGGGAUGCUACUUUUGGUGAUCUUCCGACCAUUAAUAUUUCCCAAAGGCAAGGAAACCACUCGACGCCACCUUACGUCGAAAGGCCUUUGCCCACUGCCGUGCUCCCAAGUGCCUCUGCUCCUUGCCCAGACCCUCCCUUGGGCAGUGGCCCAGAAAUCCCUAUGGACCAAAGACCAGCCAAGCAAGAGAACGGCACGAGGCCUCUGGAGCGGGCUUCUCCACCUCAGCCUACGGAACGCUUGCAGCCCGAGGCCGAGGAAAGGAGGGACGAGGUGGUUCUCCGGCAAAAACCCCCAACUGGACGCAAAAUGCCUCCUCCUGCGAGACAGAAGAACUUUGUCUUCCCGGAUGACAUGAAGGAAACAGACAUUUGUGAUCCCCCUCCGCCGGCGCUGGCAGCCGGUAAAGAUAACAAGCGGGGAGUGGCCCCAUUGGCUAUGCCAGAGGAUUCCCUAGCGUCCAUUCCAUUUAUUGAUGAGCCGACGAGCCCCAGCAUCGACCUGAAGGCAAAGCACAUCCCCGCCUCCUCUGUCGUCUCAAGCGCCAUGAAUUCCGCCCCUGUGCUCUCCGCCAGCCCUUCCUCGCCCACUUUCACCUUCGCCAUCAACCGCCAUUAUUCCCAGGAUUGCAGCAACAUCAAAGCCAGUCGCCGGUCUUCCUACCUCUUAGCCAUAACCACAGAACGCUCCAAGUCAUGUGAUGAUGGUCUGAACACAUUUCGGGAUGAGGGGAAGCUUCUGAGGAGGCUGCCGAGCCGGGUGCCAAGCCUCCGCAUGCUAAGAAGCUUCUUCACUGAUGGGUCUUUGGAUAGCCUGGGUACCUCAGAAGACACCCGGUCGAAGCGGCAUUCGACCUCGGACCUGUUGGAUGUCACUUUCAGUGACGUGAGGAAAGAGGGCUGGCUCCAUUACAAACAAAUCCUCACUAAGAAAGGCAAGAAAGUUGGCGGAGGCAUUCGGCAGUGGAAGCGGGUCUUCGCUGUCCUACGUGCACACUCGCUCUACUUAUGCAAGGACCGGCGGGAGGCUGUGGCCAUUGCCCCGCCCCCAGGUGAGGAGGAGCAGCCGCCAAUCAGCGUCCGAGCGUGCCUGGUAGACAUCUCCUACAGUGACACCAAGAGGAAGCACGUCUUCCGGCUGACGACCGCUGACUUCUGUGAAUGUCUCUUUCAGGCCGAGGAUCGGGAUGACAUGCUGGCCUGGAUUAAAGUCAUCAGGGAGAGUAGCAAAGCCGAGGGCGAGGACCCUGGGUUUGCAAGCCAAGCACUGAUCAAUAAGAAGCUAAAUGAUUACAGAAAAGUGAGCUCCUCUGGGACCAAACCAGACUCCUCCCCAAAAGGUCCUCGUGUGCCAGGGGUGAAGUCAGAAUUGCAGAAGCAACUAGGAGCAGGGCCACCCCGUUCUCCACGGCAGGAUACCAUCACACUAAGAGAUGACAGUGCCCACCAGAAAACUCCUUGGGGCAUCAACAUAAUGAAGAAAAACAAGAAGCCUGCUCCAAGGGCCUUUGGCGUGAGACUAGAAGACUGCCAACCUGCCCCUGACAACAAGAAAGUCCCCCUGAUUGUGGAAGCCUGCUGCAAGGUGGUGGAAGACAAAGGCUUGGAAUACAUGGGCAUCUACCGGGUCCCUGGGAACAACGCUGUGGUCUCCAGCCUCCAGGAGCAGCUCAACAAAGGAUCUGCAGAAAUCAAUCUGCAGGAAGAGAGGUGGCAAGACUUGAACGUCAUCAGCAGUCUCUUGAAGUCGUUCUUCCGGAAACUCCCGGAACCGCUGUUUACAGAUGAUAAGUACAAUGACUUUAUCGAAGCCAACCGGAUUGAAGAUGCCAGCGAAAGGAUGAAGACCUUGCGCAAACUGAUCCGGGACUUGCCAGGCCAUUAUUACGAGACCCUGAAGUUUCUGGUGGGACACCUGAAGACAAUUGCUGAUCAUUCCGAGAAGAACAAGAUGGAGCCCCGGAAUCUUGCUCUGGUGUUUGGUCCCACCCUUGUUAGAACGUCAGAGGACAACAUGACCGACAUGGUGACACACAUGCCUGACCGCUACAAAAUCGUGGAGACCCUCAUACAGCACUCAGACUGGUUUUUCAGCGACAAGGAGGAUAAAGGUGAGAAGACCCCUGUAGAUGAGCAGGAGGCCCAAUCAGUGCCGAAUAUUGAGUACCUUCUGCCCAACAUUGGGAGGACAGCAGCACCGGGGGACGCUUCAGAUUCGACCAACAGUGGUUCAGCUAAAUCAAAGGCUUCGUGGGGCUCCCGGAAGGAGCACUAUCACAAGGAGAUGCUUGCCAUCUCCUUCAUCUCAGCUGUCAACCGCAAGAGGAAGAAGCGGAGAGAGGCCAAGCGUUUCGGGAGCAGCACAGACGACGACUCUGAGCACGAGUCGGCCGCCAAACCAGCCGCCAAGAGAGACGAGGAGGAGGUGGGGGCAGAGGAGGAACCGAGAGAGGCAGAGGGGCUUGGGAGCAGCAACAGCAGCGGCAGCAGAGGUCCAGAGCCUGGUGGGCAGAGUGGCCCAGAGGGCUCUGUGAAGCUCGAAGUAGAGUUGGAAGAAAGGAAGAAGGCAGCACCUCGGGGAAGCCCAGAACCGGCCCACGAUGCCCGCUCCAUCGUGUCGGGUUACUCCACCCUGUCCACCAUCGACCGCAGCCUGUGCUCCGAGGUGCAGUCCGUAGCAGAGAGCCGUGGGGAGGAGGCAGACGAUGAACGGAGUGAGUUUAGCCACGUGGAAACGGACACCGAGAACGGUUUUGUGCCGGGGCAGGCCGGGAUGGUCCUGAAAGGAGCUGGGUUGGAGGCAGCGGCAGGAGGCGGAGCUGCCGCAGCCGACAAAGCGUUCCACAGCCGAGCCUCCUUCAGCUCCCACCGCCUCAUGCAGUGCGACACCCUGGCCCGGCGCAAGCUCUCACGGCCCCGCUAUAGCAGCGAGGCCUCCUCCAAAGGCAGCACGGAAGCCCCGAGCUCCAGCUCGCCGGGGAGUCAGGAGUCACUGCAGCCCACGGGGGCCGCCGAGGCCCACAGCCGGCCUUCCCUCACAGAGCAGCUGCGCCUCCGCUUCCGCGGCUCGGCUGAUGACAUGCUGGCAGUGCGGCUGCGCAAACCGCACUCACCCGAGACACGGCGCAAGAGGAACAGCUGGCGGCGCCACACGGUGGUGGUGCCCGGCGGCCUCAAGGACCUCAACUACAACGAGUGGGAGGAUCAGCAUGUUUUGGGGGGCCCCGAGGCCCGUCCGCUGGAUGCCACCAGCAGAGCUCCCCUCCGGGACAACAAAGACUCUGGGCUCUCCAGCCUGGAGUCGACGAAAGCUCGGCCUUCCUCGUCUGCGCUGGGGAGUGCGGUUGCUCCCGGUGGCGAGCAGCAGCACCACAAGGCCGGCUCUGAAGGGCGCUCAGCUCCCCGACGCACAGCUUCCUUGCGCUUCCACCAGUGCCUCUAGGGGGCAGGUGGGGGAAGCCCCUGGUUGGAGCAGCAGGGGAGGAACCCUUGCUUGGCCAUGCCAGCAGCCUCAAACUUCAGUGGAGCAAGAGUUUCUUCCCUGCCCCAGCCUCGCUUUCUGACCCCCUUCCCCCUGGUCUUAAUUUAAUGACUCUCCUGUUUUGUUACUUGUUAAUUUAUUUAUUCCCCUUCCCUCCCCAGGGUGGCAGUUGGAGAAAAGGAGGCGGGUGAAACGAGGGAAGGGGCUGUUUGGCUAGCCCAUAGGAAGCUCUUGCCUUGGUUUUGCUGCUGGGAGGCUGCCUGGGGCAAUGGGGGUGGCCAGCCCCCAUUCCUGCUUGGAAUAGCUUCUCUGGCUCCAGGGUGCUGGUCUGCAGGUUGGCUUUCAGGGCAUGUGUGUGAAGGAGAAGGCAGGCGGGAGGUUGUUCAGCAGGAGCCACUCCCUGCCCUUCUCUGCCUUGUUGGCCGCCCCACAUUUUGCCUCUUUCCCGAGGAAGUUCUUGGGAAGCCAGAUCAGAAAUGCUCAUGGUGACCAGCUCAUUCUUCCCCUUGACCACUGCCAAAGUUCUGCCGCUGAUCAAGCCCCUGCUCCAAUGCCAUUCUGCCUCCGAGUCCUCCUUCCCAGGGCACAAGAAUGCCUCGAUCUUGGGGCCCCCUGAAUAGGUCCCUUUAAAAGAAAGAAAAAAAGCCACCCCACUGCUCCCUCUGUGCCUUCUCCCAAGAUGAGCAGGUGAGCAACCAGCUCCCCAGUUUCCCACCUCCCUUGGCUUGGCCUUUGCAACACCCCUGCAGAGUUGGCUAGACCCCCUUCAGUUGCAGCACUUGUGCCCUGUGGGCAUGGGGUGGACUUGGCCCUGCACUUGGAAGUUGCCCGUGGAGAAACCAAAAAUGACAGAGCCAGAAACGCCCUUUCUAGAGGCAUGCGGCUUUUUCCACGCUGCUCUCCUCCUGCUUUAAGUGGCACCAUCCCGUUUCCUCCCCCACCACAAAAGCCACAAGGAGUCUUGUGGUCUCUUGAAAGUUCCAACCAAUUCACUGCUAGUCUUCAAAGUGCCAGAAAAUUCAUGGUCUUUGGGUUGCUUUUUUUUACCACAACAGGCUCCCAUGGUGACCCCUCUUGGCAAAAAAGUAAGAAUCAGAAGGAGCCUGUGGAACAUCUGGGUUCACCUUUGGGAUUAGACCUGUCCUUUGCCCUUCCUACCUAUGGGUUUCAUGCUGCCUGAAGCCUUACAGGAUGCUGCCUUGCACUGUCGGCGUUUGUGAACCUUUAUACAACUUAGCUCUCCCUCUGCCACUGAGAACGUGGGUGGGGGGAAAGUCCCGAUUGCCUACCUGUGUCUCUGCCCGACUCCUUGCCACUCUUCUCUUGUGACAGUUUGUACAAACCACAAGGAAAAAUACAGUGGCUUCGGGAGUUGAUCAGCCAAGUACUACCUAUGUUGGGUACAGUUCAGGGAUGCAGUUGUUUGGAGAGUAGAGGAUAAAGACCGUUAGUGUAAAUGGGAAGUUGUCUGGCUGCUUUUAUGAACUUGUAACAUUUCCCAGUAACUUUUGGUGCUAAAGAGGAUGUGGAGCACCUACUUGCUGCCUAUGUGGAGGAUUUCUAACGUAAAUCCUUUCUAUGUAGAUUGUUCCGCUCACACUCAAAUCUACCGUGACAUGCCCCCCCCCAAAAAAACCUGCAGUGCAGAGAGGCAAGUGAUAAGGCUGAGUGUGGGCCUUGUGUGAGUUGUAUUGUGGGUGAGAAGGAUGGACAUCAGGUACGGAGGACAAGCACAGCUGGUUCCCUCCCUCCAAUGCCCUGUGCAGGUAUGCCAGUUAAGAGAGUCUGAGAGAUUCCUUCAUUCCCAUGAUAACAUAUGUUGGGAUUCCAUUCCAGCCUUUGUUCCAGCAACAGCUGAAAUGCCAUAAUCCUACCAUCCUGUGCUAUGCAGUUGCCCUCCAAAAUACACACAAACUUUAUUUGAUUCUUGCUGGUGCUACAUUUCUUCUUGGCAAUGUCUUCCCCUCCUUAGUUUUCUCAGUAUGUUGGGACAGAAGUGAACCAAGAGUGCCACUUGUUUCUGUGUUGCAGAUUAGGGCAGAUACUCAUCCUUCCUGCCCAUAUAAUUUUUUUUUUCAUUUCCUUCAAGAUGAGAGGCCUCUUACAGAUUUGCUUUCACCUUGUGGUGUAAAAUGUUCCUUCUAGUCCCUGAUCUUUGUAGAAUCUCAUUUGUCUAUAUGGCAUGAGAGAGAAACCGGAGUGGCUCUUUUAGCGAGUAAAUAGGCAAGGUGCUAUUUUAAUAUGUGAAUGCUCUAUGGUGAAGUGUAGGAGCUGCCUCUGCAGAAAAAAGCUGCAGAGUCAGAAAACAGCCUCACCAAGAUAGUGGCUUUUCACUGUUGCACCCAAGCUGUAGCAGAAGCACCAUUUCCAGCGCCCAUGAAGUUUGGUGGGUGGGUUUUGAGCAAAUUGCUGCAUGCCAGCCUUACCUACUUGCCAGUGGUGUUAGCAGGCUUAACUGCGAUUUUGAGCUCCUUUAGAGGGCGAGGCAGCAUUCAAAUGUGUUGGCAGACGCUGGAUUUCAUCAUUUGGAGGGUGCAUUUAGAUAGCCAUCCUCAUCAUUGCAGGAUGAAAGGCAAACAUUGCUAUCAUAAUGUUUCUAGUCUCCAUAGCAACUUCUCACUGCUUGUAUAUGUCUGCAGGCAAAAUAACCUUGAAGUUUGCUACAAGAGCGUUAUCUUGCCCUGCCUGUGAUGAGAUCAGGGCAGCGUGUGCCAUUCCUUUCCCUGCUUAUUCACACAGCAGCCUUGUUAGGUAGGUUAGCCUGCUUCAGAUGAUCUUGCCAGGCUUCAUAAACCAUGAAGCACUCCUUCCUCGGCCGGCUCUUCCUCUUCCUCCUCCUCUUCCUCCUCUUUAACACUGGCUUUAGUGCUUUAUUCCUGACUUGCAUUGAGCCAAGGUUCAUUGUUAACACCAGAGCCAGGGAUGUUUGGCUGCACAUCAGUUAACAAAUCAUGAGAAACUGAAGCCUAUGCAGAGGGGAGGGAAGACAGCUUGUCUGAACCAAGCCAGUAACUGGCCCAAGUUUAUCCAGCAAGCUGUUUUGGCUGAGUGGGGAUUUCAACUCUGCUCUCCCAAGUCUUCACUUUAGCUCUAAAGGGUAGGGUAGUUCAUGCAUAUUCAUGUUUUAAUGAGUGCAACAUUAAGGUAGUGAUGUGUGUACCAAUGAGCCAUUGUGGAACAAGUUGCCAGAUAUCAAUCCAAGGCUAGGGUGUUUGGGUGGAGCCGAUUCACAGCUGCAGCUUUUGAGUUUGGAUCAGAAAUUAAGUGCUGGCUAUAUGAGAGGAAUCUGACCUGUAAGCGCUAGCAGUGUGCAAAUUCUGUAUGUGUCAUAGGUGCAAAUACUUUGGUGUGGGGUUCAAGGCACAGAUGGCUUGGUAAUCACCAACAAUGAUUAUUUAAAAAUCUAGUUUGUGUCCAAAGUGCUUUAUAUUCUGUACCUUCAUAACCACCCUUAUAAUUACUUCUGAGAAGGUAGUGAUUGUAGAGCAGCACAGGCAAAACCUGGUGGAAUUCCACCAUGAAUUGUGCUGUUUACCUUGACACCAGGACUCAAAAUAUCUGGCCUGUAGGAUCACAGUUUACUCCUUGUGCUUCCAGACCUGCUGUUCUCAUUAUUCAAUUCCCACACCAUGUAUGCAGCAGCUACAUGUACUACAUAGUCCAUGAUGCAGCACAACUCAGAGUAAUAGACUCAUUCACAAGGGCAUCUGGGGGCUACCUAAUGUUAAAAAUGUGCACCAGAGUAUAGAGGAGACUAGCAAAAGCCAUGCAGAUUCCUGUACACUUUCUGCUCAAAUUUAGCAAAUUGCUUCCACCAAAAGUGCAUACCAAACUUUGUCCACUAGUUCCAUUUUGGGUAGAAUCAGGCUGCAACCUUGGAUGUAAUCCUAAAUGAGAUGUGGCAUGCUGAGAGUGGCAGGCUUGGAUCUGGAAAUGGAACCCUGCUGGAAUUCUUACAUUUGUAGUUUCCCUCUCAUUUGGAAUGGACUCUGUUUUUUGCUCUUGUUUUGAAAACCAUAGAAUUCUCUAUACUAGAGCAGAGAGACUGUCACAACUGGAGAUUUUAUCUACGUGCUGUAGUGUCCUUUUGGUCUGGCAAUGGUUGCAGUGUUGGCCUCAAGUAUCUGGUAGAUGCAGAGUAUAAAAAAAUUAUAUACCUGACUGCUUUAAAAUGUCUAUAUGAGUUUUAGAACUUCAGAAACUCAUCAGGCACAUUGAUGACCACUUUUGCCUGAAAUGUGAAGGUUACAUAGGCUCAAACUCUGUCAAAUUGCUGAUUGGUUUCUGCAAUUGGAAGUGAGUGGUGAUUAUUAGCGCUUGCGCCCUCCAGCACUGACAUGCUAAUGGAUUCUGUGGAGUUUCAACAAAGGGGGAUUUUUCAUAAGACAAAUUCCAAAAAAGACUUAAAAGGACAGAAAUGUUGUUCAUGCUGAUAGGGACAUAAAACAACUGUAACACAAAACACCAAAAAAUGGAAAUGCCUAUGAUUUGUGAUACAAUUGAAUUAGCCACAAAUGUGCUGUGUGCUCCACACUCCGCAUUUUCUAAUGCACAUCUUACAGCCAUUCCAUUGAGGCCUUGAAAAGGGGUGUGUAGAGAUGUGGAAUUUAAAACUUAGCAAAGCUAAACUGUUUGCUACACUGUUAUGCAUUGUUCUUUUAUGCAAAUAUUUGCUGUAAAGUUUUAUUUUUCACUUUAUUUUGUAAAUAACCUUUAAAUGUGUAACAUAUGAUAAAAAGAGUUUAUAAGGAUUUUUUUUUAAAUGAAGACUCUUUUGUUUUGCUCCUUUAAAAAACCCAGUUAUAUUGACAGUGUUGAUUUUUUUAAAAGCGCCUGCCUGCCUGCAUGGUUUGUCCCUCUUCCCACCAUCACUGUGUUGUACAAUGUCAGACAUAUAUAUAUAUGGUCAAACGAAAUAACUGAAGAAACCCAAACUCUGCUUUGAGGACCUCCUCAGAAUUACAGUGAUAUACAUAUUGGAAAUAAACUGGCUUAUUCAGAGAACGUUUGCUCACCAUUUUUUUCCUUUCCAAAACAAAGAACCAUAACCUGAAGGCCCUUUUCGGCCUGAGAGCCACAUGUCCCAAGUAGGUGGGGCUAGAGACAGAAAGCAGAUGGAAGAGGCAGGUGUGACUUUCCUUUGGACACUAGGCUGCAUUCUAGCCAUGCAAAGAACAAGAUGCAUGUGCAUCUACACAAACACGCCAUCAUCUAGGUAUGAAAGCAACACCAGCAAAAAAACUCUAGGAAGGCUGCUGAGAAGUGUGGCUUGUGGAGAAGCCUGUGGGGCUGCAUUUAACCCACCAGGGCCUGAUUUUGUCCACCCGUGCUCUAGAAUACACAGUACACUUCACUUGGCCUGCUACCAUGCUCCACAAGUACACAGAGCCUGCAUGGGGAGUGGGGAGAAGAGCUCUUUCUCACAGUCCGUUAAUUUCGCAAAUACCAAACAGCACAUAGCUGCCAAGUUUGCUUUUUAAGGAAUGGAUUUGAAACAAAGCUUUAAGAAAAGAAGUGUCACGGGAAGGGGGGAAGAGUAUUUUAUUAAAGUCAGACACUCUGAUAGGAAACAAAACAAAAAAGGGGGGAAAUUAAAAAAAGCAACCUUCAUUUGGAAUUUUUGACUAACAAUGAUCACAUUUGUCACAGAAGAAAACAUGGCAUCCAUAGAAUUUAUACAUAGAACUCUACCUACAGAUAGCAGCAAAAAGAUUUACAAAAGUUACAGAUUUUUUUUAGAACUGUUGCUUUCUUUUAUAACCAGUUUUGGUGUGGUGUCAUUUAUAGCGUUGGUUUUUGUUUUUGUUUUCUUUAAAAAAAUCAGUUCACAAUAAAAUCCAUGCGAAGAGACACACAACAUCAUCAUCAGUCCUCCCUACACAGUGCCUAAAGGUUUCACUCUCUCUUUUAUUUUUAUCAUAUAUAUAUAUAUAUAUUAAAAAACCCUUUAUUAUUAUUUUUUCUUAAAAAAAAAAUCUGAAAACAACAACCAGACAAGUAAAGCGAGGCUCGUGGCAUGCAGUGGUGAUUGUUUUCCCCAAAAACACACACAGACACACUCACUCACUCAAUCAAUAAUACAUGCAUAGUUUGGUGCUUUAUAAUUUAUGCCUUUGGAAAAAAAGUUCAAAACCUUUUUCAAAAAAUAAAAAGGAAUUGUGGCACAAUUGUUGCUCACACAGCAGUUGGAUGAUGCCAUGACAAUCUCUCUCUCUCUCUCUCUCUCUCUCUCUCUCUCUCUCUCUCUCUCUCUCUCUCUCUCUCUCUCACACACACACACACACACACACAAAAGUGCAGCAACACACAAUGAAAGGACAAAUGUGCUUCAGACAAGGAAAAUGGAUGGAACUUAAAAGGGAAUGGGUUCAUGAAACCACUGUCUCCCUAACAUCGUCCCUUUUUUGUCCUAUAUUUCAUUGGUCUUUGAUUUGUGACAGUGUGUCCCAUGUUGCAAGCCUAGGGCGAUGCAAAACACUUUUUGCUGAUAAGGCAGAAAAUCAAGAUGAUUUCCCGUCGCCCCCUCCAAAUAUUCAUCAAAGUGGGAAGGCAUUCUCCUGCACAAGGCUCGCUUGACAUAGCACCUCUUCACUUUAAUGGUGCUCUGUCUCUCACAGCUAUUCUUAUUAGGGACAAAAGGCUAUCACUGCACCUUACCACACGAUAAGGCUAGCCCAUGCCCAUGUAUGCGCCAUUCCCUGCAUAUGGUAGUCUGCACAUCGCUAUGCGCACAGGCAUAGCAACAUGCAUCUUCACUUGCUCAGAGUACAAAACAAUGGGUUCUCCAAGGAGCUCUGCAUGGAUCCUAGGGUUGUGUUCAACAAAGUCACCCCAAUAGUGGAAGGACUCCCACCUGUCCAAGGCAAUUUCCUCUCCCUCUCUUCUCCCUGAAUAUCCCCUAAGCUCCUCCCCCAAUCUGCUCCAGAGGGUCGAGGAAAACUCCAGAACAGAUUUGUGGGGGGAGGCAUUGGAAGAGGGGGAGAGGAAGCCCAAUUGAACAAGCAGUUCUUAUGCUAGUGGAGUUAUUGGGAACAUUUGGUUUCCCCACACAUUGCUGAACUCCCAACUCCCAUAGCCUGGGUUGAUAGGAGCUGGAGUUCAGCAACAUCGGGGGGGGGGGCAAAGAUUCCCCACACCUGCGUUAACAUGAUAACUUUGUUGGAUACAACCCCUUUGUGAUCAAGUGCAGCCCCAACUGAGCUUUGGCAAGGCUGCAUCAUCAGAUAAUCCAAGACCUGUAAGGCUAAAGAAGGUGAAAACAAUGCAUUCAGAAUGACUGUAAAAGCUAUUGCCAGAAAAACAGCAUUCUCUCUCCCUUUUCCACAUCAACAUAGCAGGGAUCUAACAAAUGCUAACACUUAACAUCAACUGAGCAGUUACAACCUCUGUGCAUCAUGGGCAAAAUGUGUGGGAGCAUUUUCCGCUUCUCUGUUCUCCUGUAAUUUGGGUACUCAUUUAAAAAGUUUGUAUUUUUUCUACCCUUUAGUACUCACUCUCACUCAGCACUUAAGUAUGUGUUGGGUAGAGAUUUUGAUUCAUGCUAUGACCAUGUGUGUAGGCCUAGCAGAUGAGGGCUGUAUUGGCUUCCCAUCACUUUGAGUCUGAAUUUCCUUGUGUCCUGGUGAUUAUGUGCAUUGACUAAAAGCACAAAAAGGAUUUCCCUGCAGCAAGCUGUGCAUGCACUGCCCAAAAUAAAUUACAGAAAUUCUCCAGAUUAAAUCUGAAGAGAGGUGGAGCAGAAGGCAGGAGUGCAGAGAGCCCGCGGAGCAGUAACCGACUGAAAUGAGGGGAAAUCUACUAAUCCCUUAGUCAGAGCAGCUGUGGUUAAGUGAGCAGAGAAAAUGCUGAAUUUCCCUCUCCUUCCAAUGCAUAUUGAUGGGUGAACAGGGGUUUCUACAUCCACAUUAUUGAGUGUGAGUAAAUAAGCCAGAGCCGGCAGAUGAUGACACUUAAUCCAGAUUAACUGUAGCAGAAUCUGAGUGAUCCAAUGCUGUAAGGGCUCUCAAGCCUACAGUACCAUCUGUGCUCUAAAACCGUCUGUGCUUUAGAUUUUGCAACUCUGCAGAAGUAGCAAUGCCUCCGAUGCAUCCCUGCUUGUGAAGUGUAUCUCCACUUUUGAACUAAAGCGAUUGAUCGUUUUUUCUCCCAGUCCCUUGGAUUCUUACCCAGUAUUCCUGUUCUGCAGAUGAAAUGGCUGUUUACUUAUUACAGCCUCCCCUUCAUAUGCUACUCUCCAGACAUUUUGGACUACAACUUCCACCAGCCCCAGCCAGCAUGGCUGUGUUGGAAGGUGUAGUCUGAAGUAUCUGGUGAGAAUCAGAUUGAGGAAGUCUGCCUAAGAGGUGUUUGGCCACCUCAAGCUACUCCUU